AGGCUUUGGCGCAUGUGUACGCGCAAAACUGCCGCGACGAACUAAACGCUGACGGCCACCCAACCAACAUGCACAGGUUUGACGUGGAGAGGGAGCAUGCGCCAAGUCAAAGCUAACGGUGCUCUCCCUCGGGGGACGAAGGAUGACCUCCUGCGCUUGCGCGUUAACUCAAACAACGGUGGCCGACGAGGCUCUUUCCCCGCUAACUCUUCCGUGACCGCACAUCGCUAAUUCCAUCUACCUCGUAACGAGCUUUCCCCCCCAUUGACGCUACCUUCUUUUACCUGACGCCGGGCCGGAGUGCUUCUUCCAUAAGCGAGAUCCCAUUGCCACAUGUCGGAGUCAGGGCACAGUCAACCUGGAUUGUAUGAACGACGCCGUCGCUGGAACCGGGAGAAGGAACUGGGUCACCAAAGCCUGUCUGGGCCGGGGCGAGAGCGUGACUAUGUCCCCUGGGACCGGGAUCGAGACCGAGAUCGAGACCGGCGGGAACCUAUGGAUGAACCAGUGGGGACAAUGAUGCAGAAGACACCCAUCAUUCUGGCCAAACCUCCAGCAGAGAGGUCCAAGGUGGCUCCAGCCACUGCCCCUGCCCCAGCUGCUGCUGCUGCUCCUGCCAUGGAAAAGCCCAUCGUGCUGAUGAAGUCCCGAGAGGAAGGCAAAGGCUCUGCUGGAACCACAGAGGUGUCUGCUCAGCCCCCUGCAGCCGUGACCAAGGUGGAGAAGGAAGGCCAGCGUCCCACCCAGCCUGUCUAUCAGAUCCAGAAUCGGGGCAUGGGCUCGGCUGCAUCCAGCGGCAUUAUGGACCCUGUGGUUGGCCAGGCAAAGUUGUUAGCCCCGGAGAAGAUGAAGCAUAGCAUCAAGCUGGUGGAUGAUCAGAUGAACUGGUGUGACAGUGCUAUUGAGUACCUCCUGGACCAAACAGAUGUGCUUGUAGUUGGGGUAUUAGGGCUGCAAGGUACUGGGAAGUCCAUGGUGAUGUCACUGCUAUCAGCCAAUCAACCUGAAGAAGAUCAGAGGACAUACGUGUUUCGCACUCAGAGCCAAGAAAUCAAAGAGCGUGGCGGCAACCAGACCAGUGGCAUCGAUUUCUUUAUUACUCAGGAGCGAAUCAUCUUCCUUGAUACCCAGCCCAUUCUCAGUCCCUCCAUCCUAGAUCACCUGAUCAAUAACGACCGCAAGCUGCCACCGGAGUACAAUCUACCCCACACCUAUGUUGAGAUGCAGUCCCUUCAGAUUGCUGCCUUCCUCUUCACCGUCUGCCAUGUGGUGAUUGUGGUACAAGACUGGUUUACUGACUUGAGCCUAUACAGGUUCCUUCAGACAGCUGAAAUGGUAAAGCCCUCCACUCCGUCUCCCAGCCAUGAAUCCAGUAGCUCUUCUGGCUCCGAUGAGGGGACCGAAUACUACCCACACAUCGUUUUUCUCCAAAACAAAGCCAAGCGGGAAAACUUCUGCCCUCGGAACCUGAAGCAGAUGCAUCUCGUUAUUGACAAGAUUAUGAUGCAUUCACACCUGAAAUACAAAGGCACCCUCUCCAUGCUUGAAUGCAACAUAUUCCCUGGCCUGCCACAGAGCUACCUGGACACGGAGGUCAACCUGUUCUUGCUGCCCUUCAUGGAUUCUGAAACGGAUGACGUGCUACCCAGAGCAACCCCAGGAAGCGGCCCUCUCUUCUCCCUCCUUCCUGGAUACAAAGGACACCCCAGCUUCCAGUCGCUGAUUGCCAAGCUCCGGAGCCAGAUGAUGUCCAUGUCCCGGCCUCAGCUCUCCCAUACCAUCCUGACAGAAAAAAACUGGUUCCACUAUGCAGCACGCAUCUGGGAUGGCGUCAAGAAGUCCUCCGCUCUCUCUGAGUAUAGCCGGCUGCUGGCAUGAGAACAGGGUCUCCAUACUGGAACUGCCGAGAGACAGCUUCAUCCCUGAGCUGGAGCAGACCAGGGUACCUGCCCCCCUCGUGCCGGGGGGGCCCAGGAUGAUACGUCUUCCAGAGAAGGGAGCUGCACUCCUUCGGUGGUGCCAGGAAGGUUUAAGAGGGGAAAUGCAAGGUUUUGGCUUUGCAUCCCUAAAGGACCGUCCUGUUCAAAAUGGAUCUUGUCCCUUGGGGAAUCUGGCCUAGGUGGAGAGCUGCUCUUGUACCAUUUCCAGAGCUGUGCUGGGUCCUUUGCACAAGGAUGGAUUCAAAUCUGCAAUUUCCUGGCGGGAGGGGGUGGGGACGGACAAUGAAACCUCCUCUGCUUUGGAAUAGCAGGUGAGGCCGAAGGUCGGUGGCGAGUUGGUGUUGUUUGUGUACUCGCAGGGUUUCCACCCUACUUCAGUGUGUCAUUCAUAAAAGCUUUCAUUUUGCUAGGCAUGUAUCAUGCCGCCUUCUCUCUCUAUUCCAGCCUGUUUCUCUUCCCCCUAUUUGGCCCUAUUUUUCCUGGUCCCCUGAUGCAAACUGGACAGAACUCUCCUUUUUUUUUUGCAUGGAUGGUUAUUAUUGUUCAAUAAACUCUUAAAGUUGCUUUCAUUUUGAAGGAUGUUUUGAUACACACACACAAUAAAUCACUGCUGUGUUAUCGUCUUCACUUGACAAGUAUUGGAGAAGUGACGUUCUAAAGAUGCAAUCGUUUUUAUCUGUGAGAUGAGUUAUCUCGAAAAGUGUCAUAGUGGGACCUUCUCAUUUUUUUUUUUUGCCGUUGGAUUCUUUCCGCCUCCAAAUUUGCCUAGCGAAUUGGCUAUUUAGUCCAAUAUAGGUUGAAGGUAAGAUCUGAUUGAAUCAGGGUGGUCAUAUCAGUUUCAAAAAUCAGUUUGAACAGAUCGACUCAGUUUAACUUGAAUCAUCCAUCCAACGUGGACUUGACUGAAUGGCUUUGAAUGGAAAUCUAUUGAUCAAAGACUCAUCUGUUUCUACGGUUGUAAUACACUGUUUGCCCUUGAGUUUUAGACAGUGUGAUAAGUUUCAGACAAUAUUGCUUUGGAUCUGAAGAGUGGCAGUAUCCUAACAGAUAACAGGCAAAUUCAGCUUUGUUACACUAUCCAAAUAAAUCGAUGCAAAAGUUUUUAAAAGGCUCUUAUUUUUUGGCAAGAAACUAAUAUUUUUAUUUGUAAUGUUUCUGACUUAAUAUUUUUGGGAUACCCCCAAACAUUCUUUCCGUACAUGAGUGACAAAUUAAAUAAAUAAAAAU